CCGCGAGGAGCUUCGUACUUCGCGAGUUCGGGAUACGAAAAGUGAAGUGUCGAAGUGAUAUCUGUGUUCCGAUUUUUAGUGAUUUUUCCAACAAUGAAACCUUUACUGUUUCUCUCCUUACUCAUCCUAGUGGACGGCUACGACCAAGUCCAUCGUCACAGACACUCCCAUUCAGAAUACAACUUGGAUAGGUUGAUGAACAGGCUGGACAGCAUUACAACUCAACCACCCUUAUCAUCUUCUACGGAAGAACCGGAGAACUCUUUGUGGGAUGAUGACUUCCCCUUCAGCUCAGUGUCCCCCCUGGACAUGGACCGGUGGGAUAAGAUCAUCAGUGAGAAGGAGAAGCAACGAGAGGAUAGGGAGGAUGCUGAGGAGGAGGAACAGAGUGAGGAGGAAGGAUUUGAGGACCAGAAGGAACAGGCUGAUUCUUACAGGAGUUGGAACUCUAGAAGUGGAGAGUCCUACUCCAAUUGGAAAUGGGAACAGAUGGGAAACCGAAAAUCGUUGGAUAACCUCUUUCAAGUGUAUCGUUCAGGACUUCUAAAACCAGAUUCAACCAGCAAAGAGAGCCAGGCGCAAUACGAGGUGUACAAACACAGCAAGCAGAUGUCCCGAGAGACGCUAUGCAGAGUGCCCAAACCCAAAGUGAUCAAGGUCUCUGACGUGUACCCAAGUACGAGCAAACUGUACGUGCCAGCCUGCACAGUGCUGCACCAGUGUGGGGAAGACACGGGGUGCUGCGGCGGCUCGGCUCAGCGGUGUGGUCCCAAGACUACCAAGAGGGUGGAACUGUACUUUUAUACCACAUACACAGUUCCUUCACACAGUCGCCGUACCAGUAGUGGACUAGAGAAACUUCCCUUUUACAAUCACACGGAGUGUGAAUGUCUGGACAAGCUGGAGGAGGUGAUGCCAAGGGACGGACAGAAUAGUGAACUACGGGGAGACAGGAGCUCUGAACAAGAGUGUAAAUGCCCGAGUGAGUUUACAGUGAGGAGGUUGGCGAACGGGUCCUGUUCCUGUGACUGUUUUGACAAACAAAGAGAUUGUAUAAAGUACAAGAAAGGAAAAGAGUAUUUCAACCAUAAUGAUCGAUUAUGCAUCGAGAUGGGUACCUGCCAACUUCCGGUUUGUGACUUCGGCGCCUAUCUCAGGAGUUCAGGAAGAUGUCCAAGAAAACACGAGAAAUUCCGCUCCUGGUCCCGAUACUAGAGCGACACAAACGUCUUUCUGUUCGACACAAACUUUACACAAAACACGUAAAAGGAUUAACGUCACAAAUGUCCACGCCAACUAACAACUGUGGGACUUUGGUCCACGACUCAAAAUCCUGUUAUUGAGCACAAACCUUGCGUGGAUCGGGAAGGAUACGCAGUUCGUUUAAUGUAUUUGUCUAGUAAUUUAUGCUUGUAGAGUUUGGAAUCAAAUUCUCAUUUGUGAUAGUAUUAGGGUAGUUUUUAUUUUUGUAUAUUAAUUUGUCUGCGAUUUAUUUGACAGGAGAUAUAGGUUUGGAAUUUUGUGUUUGAUAGUGAUAAAAUUUAAAAAUUUUUAAAGAAAGCUUAUAGUUAUUAAUUCAAUUUGUAUUAAAAAACUCUUUGCUAUUUUUUUAACAUACUAUUUCUAUGUAAAAUCUAGAAUUGACUUAGGUAUGACGAAUAGCAAAUAAAGUAAAAAGAUUUUAAUUUAAAGGAAUAUAUUAAACAUGCAUUUUUAAGUCUCUCAUAACAUUUCUCCUACGCUUGAGCUAUUCAAACUUUUUGUCGGCAAAAAUGUAUUUUAUUUUUAUUUUUAUUUUUGUGAAUAUAAACUUCUAGAUAUAAAAUUGUAUUGAUGGGCAACAAAACGUUAAAUUUAAGACUGAAUAAUUAAUGACUGAUUUACACAUAACCAUACUGUAAAAGAAAAUAGUUCAAUACUUAAAUUAACUUUGAAUGUCAAUAUCAAGAUAUCUCCUGAUUAUAUAUUUAUGAUAAUUACUUGCGCAUGCUUAUUGUUUGGUUUUAGUUGCUAUAAAUUCACGUUUAACGAUUCAAAAUUAGGUAGUCUUAAAAAACUGAAGGAUGUCAUUUUUGCACAUCCAAAAAAAUAGGUCAUUUAUCUGUAAGUUUUAUUAAUAAAUUAUGUGCUUAUAAUAGUCAUUUGAGCAGGCUAAAUUUCAGAAAAAUAUAAACUAUUGUAAUUUAGGGUAUAAAAUUAAACUCUUACUACAUAUUUUAAAAUGUAAUUUAUUUACUUUUUAAUUUUCAACAGUAAAAGUUUUUACAAUAAACCAACUAGCACUUCAAGAUUAAAAGUAUAUUCUCACUCUUAGAAGGAUAGAAGAUAGUAAAAUGUUGUUGUUCAUAUCAAAAUAAUAUUAAAUAUUCUAAAAAUAACAAUUAUUGUGGAAACCAUAACAUGCUACACCCUUAGUACUUACAUUUCUAUAUCAAUCUAUUGCAUUUAACAAAUAACUUUAUCAAAUAUGUAGCAUCUACACCUAAUCUAUAGAGUCCUGUAGAAUGUAUAGAUAGAUACCAUUCACGUUGCCAUAAUCAUUGUACAUUUUCAAUAUAUCUUUAGCAUCUAUCGAUGCUCUAACUAAUAUGUAUAUAUUUUCUUUUUAUAUUUGUGUUCGUACUAGGCUAGGAAACCGUACCAAUGUUUUAAUGUACACUUAAUUUAGUACAAAAUAGAUUUUUUAUCAGACAUUUAAAGACUGAUAAAGUUUGUAAAGUGUUACAGAAAAGUGGAGGAACUUUUUGGUGAAAGUGACUGUGAAGGUAUAAAUCAUUAUGUUUAAGAUUAAAUAAGUACCCCUUCAGUGUAUAAUUGUAAAGUGUAAUAAAUCAAUGU